AUGCCAUCUCCCUCGAAACAGCGCCUCGCGCUGGCGAUCUGCGACUUCCUGUCGACCUCCCUCACCGACGGCACCCUGACCGCCGAAGAGAAAGACUCGAUCGACAUCGCCGUCAACUGCAUCAGCGAGUCCUUCGGCGUCGACCCGACCGACACCAACGCCGUGUCCCAAGCCGUCGGUUCGCAGAACCUCGCCCAGAUCUACUCCGUCUACGAGCGCCUCAAGAACAAUACCCCCGCGUCGUCAGCCUCCACUACCUCCCCCAAGGCAACCCCUACCCCGUCCACUCCCGCGGCCGAACCUACCGAAGACCAAAAGAAACAAGCCGAAGGUCUCAAAUCCAAAGGCAACGCAGCCAUGGCCCAAAAGGACUACCCCGCCGCCAUCGACUUGUACACCCAAGCCCUAGCCCUGCACCCCAACAAUGCCAUCUUCCUCUCCAACCGCGCAGCCGCCCACUCCGCGGCGCGGGACCACGAGGCCGCGCGUGCCGACGCUGACGCCGCUGUUGCCGUCGAUCCCAAGUACACCAAGGCGUGGAGCCGGCUGGGCCUGGCGCGAUUUGCGCUGGGAGAUGCCAAGGGUGCUAUGGAGGCAUACCAGAAGGGGAUUGAGUAUGAGGGGAAUGGGGGUAGUGAGGCGAUGAAGAAGGGGUUUGAGACGGCUAAGCGGAGGGUGGAUGAGAUUACUGCAGAUGAGACGGCUGCGUCGGCUGCGGCGUCGCCGCGGGGUGGGGCUGGUUCGCCUGGCGGUGGUGGUCUGGGUGAUUUGGCCGGUUUGUUUGGUGGUGGUGCUGGUGCUGGUGGAGCGGGAGGUGCUGGAGGAGGAGGUGGUGGUAUGCCUGACUUUGCGUCCAUCAUGAACAACCCGAUGUUUGCGUCGAUGGCGCAGAACUUGAUGAGCAACCCGGACAUGAUGGCCAACUUGAUGAAUAACCCGCGCCUGCGCGAGAUGGCGGAUCAGUUUGGCCGGGGCGGCGGUGGUGGUAUGCCGGACUUGGGCUCGCUCAUGUCGGACCCGAGUGUUGCUGAGAUGGCUCGGAACCUGAUGGGCGGAGCUGGACGCGGUGGUCCUGGCGGUCCCGGCGCUGGGAGGUAA